AUGUUAGCUAUUGGUCUUUCCUGGAGACAGGCCUUGCCUGCCAUUGUUGUUGCGUACUGUAUAACGGCUGUUCCGAUACUCCUCACCGGGACAAUCGGUACCCGCCUGAGGGUUCCAUUCUCGGUCCUUAGCAGGUCGUCUUUUGGAUUUUGGUUCAGCUACUUCCCUGUUAUUACGCGGGGAAUAAUUGCCAUGUCCUGGUUUGGAAUUCAGACAUACAACGGUUCUGAAUGUAUCUAUCAGGUACAUUACUUGUCCAGGAGGAACGUCAUGUUUCAACAGCAUAAUCUUUCAGAUGCUGAAGGCCAUAUGGCCGUCUAUCGCCCAUAUCUCAAAUCACAUACCGGCCUCGUCAAACACUACCAGCGCAUGAUGUGUUACCUUCUUUACUGGCUCCUCCAAUUUCCAUUCAUGCUGCUGUCUCCCCAGAAAAUCCGUUAUCUCUUCAUGAUCAAGGGUGUAAUCGUCCCAUUCGCCUGGCUUGCUAUGGUCAUCUGGGCGUUUAUCAAGGUUCCUCCUUCAGUCGGACUGUUUUCUCAACAUGCUGCAGUGCAAGGCUCUGACCUCUCCUGGGCUUGGCUGACUGCACUCAAUACGGAUUUUACGCGGUAUGCCACACAUGAGAGGGCACAAUAUUCACAGGCUAUCAUUAUCCCAGUGGCAUUCACGCUUUGUUCGUUCGCUGGACUGGCCCUGAUUAACCAAUGGGACAACCGAGCAGCAGCGUUCUUUGCCUCGUUCGCAUUUCUGCUGACGACUAUCGGGACUAAUAUCAGCGCUAAUGCCCUUGUGGCUGCUAACGACCUCACAGUCUGCUUUCCGAAAUACAUCAAUAUACGACGCGGUCAAGUGAUAUGUGCAUUCAUCGGUGGAUGGGCAUUCUGUCCUUGGGAAGUUCUGGCAAAAGCAUCUGGGUUUCUGUCGUUCCUGAGUGGAUACACUAUUUUCAUCGGACCAUUUAUUGGAAUUAUGAUUGUCGAUUACUGGCUAAUCCAUCAGGGCAAAAUUGACGUCCCAGCGAUGUACCAAGUUAAUGGUCGAUACCGCUAUACAUAUGGAGUGAACUGGCGUGCUUUGGCAACACUCGUGAUUUGCAUUGCACCAGCUAUGCCUGGGCUCAUUCACUCUAUUAAGCCGUCCAUCAACGUUGGAGGUAUCCAUAAUUUAUUUGCCAUUGGGUGGAUAUUUGGAUUCUGGUCAGCAUUCGUCGUUUAUUACGCCCUCUCGACGUUGUUUCCGGCUCGGGGCACAUAUGUAGAGAAGGCUGUCUUACCCGACGAUGUGAUACCGCCUUCGACCUCUUGUGAUUCUACGGACGAGGAUGUGGAGAAAUUAGACAAGGCUCAUGUGACUCCUGGAACUGUAUCUUGA